AUGAGUGUAUCGCAGGCAUCGAUGGAUGAGACUCAAGAAAUAGCCGAGAAGUACGACCUCGAGCGCCUGGCAAAGUGGCAGCAGAAAUUCUGGCGCAACAUCUCCCAAGAUGCUCUCAAACGUGGAUGCUUCCCGAGCGCAGACUACGAGCAGGACUGCCUCAAGCCAUGGAUCAAACCCUACCGUGGAGUCUUCAACUGGCUGCAUGCUUGUUCCGACCCUUUCCGCUUCGAGACAUUGAUGCCGCACUGGGAGUAUGCUGGUAACAGCGAGUGGCGACUCUUCCUGAUCGUGCGCGAAGACUGGGUGGCGGUGGUUGCGAAGGACUCCGAUGAAGCAACGUGUAGGAAGGAGGCUCGAAUCCUACGCCCUGGCAAAUGUGGCGGGCUGUGUAUUGCAGGGUUGAAGCCGGUCAACAACGUUGGCGAUGACUGGGAGGUCAUCGAAGAAAGCGCCUCGACCGGCGCAAUUCUCCCUGAGGUGGAUAACAGCGAGAAGAAGAAGCGAUGGUGGCGGCUGUGGUAG